AUGUGGGGUGUGUUCCAGAAGUAUGGGAGAGUUUGGGCGGUAUACAUAUCCCCGAGGCGAGAUAGGAGAGGCAAACAGUUCGGUUUUGCUCGCUUCUUGGACGUGCAAGAUCCAAAGCGGUUCGAAUGGGUUUUGGAUGGCAUUAUAAUUGGUGCCACUAAGCUGCAUGUGAAUGUACCCAGGUUUGGUAAGGGGGUGAAGACAGCGUCUGCACCGGCGGGUCUACAACCUAGACGGGAUGGCUGGAGGAAGGAAAGUAGGGCUGGGUUGCCGCAGGAACCGAUUUCCAAGCCACAGCGUUCAUAUGCUCAAGUGGUGUCGAAAAAGGGUGCCUUAGUGUGCCAGGAUAGUUCUCUGGGGGAUGCCUUGCGUGGCAUUCCGGUUGAAUCGUGGUCAGGUCCUGCCGUUCCGGCAGCGGAGGAUUGGCUACGCAGAAGCCUGGUGGGUGUGCUACGUAACCCGGAGUGGAUUACCUCCGUUCAGGAUGCUUUCAUUCUGGAGGGGUUCCAUACUAUUCAGGUGCGCUACUUAGGGAACGAUCAGGUGCUACUGUCUGGCCCGGAGGGUGUUGUCCUCGAGGAAGUCUUAGCUGGAGCAAAGGAUUGGAUCGAGGAGGUAUUUCAGGUGGUUUACACUUGGUCGACGUCACUAGUGGCAGAUCAUCGUCUAGCUUGGGUGCGGUGCUCGGGCCUGCCGAUCAAUAUGUGGACUCGGGACUGUCUGGCACACUUAGUUACACCAGUGGGUAAGUUGGUAGCAAUGGAUGAAGCGAUAACGUCCCUCACUAAGCUGGAGUAUGCCCGAGUGCAGGUUCAAACCUCAUGCUUGGAGAUGGUAGCUAAUUUCAGGAAAAUCAAUGUCAAUGGUAUGGUUUACACUGUGCGUAUCAUUGAGGAAAUUGGUGGUGCCGCUCCGGUGCCCGGUGCAAGUUUGGCUCCCUCGUCAAGCCGGGAAUCCAGUGUUCUUGGGUGGAAUGCGUAUGAUGGUGAGGAGGAUAUCGAGACGGAGUUUUCUGACGGCAUGGAAGAGCGGGAGGAGGGUGGCGGUGAUGCAAUUGCUAAAUGA